AUCCUUAAUAAAGACCUCCAAAGACAACACCAUGUGAUCUUUCAUAUGCUCUUGUCUCAUGAUGAUUCAAACCUCAUGGCCCUCCUUCACUGAUUAUUAUAGUUGCCGACUAUUUGUUACAUAUCCUUUCAUUCACCUAUAUAUAUUCAUGGCUACAAGUAUUAAGGACCAACACAAAAUCAUUCACAUCUUAAGUCUUUUGAGAAACUUGAGUCUUCUACAUACAAGUCUUUCUUUUUAAGACCAAUUUCAUCUCUCUUUUUUUCAACACAUAAAAUAAUGGGUUUUCGUUUACCUAGUAUCAUCAGAAGAACAUCAUCUUCAAAAGGUGUAGAUGUGCCAAAGGGAAAUCUAGCAGUAUAUGUUGGAGAGGAAAUGAAGCGGUUUGUUAUUCCCAUAGCAUACUUGAACCAACCAUCGUUUCAAGAAUUGUUGCACCAAGCUGAGGAACAAUUCGAAUAUGAUCAUCCAAUGGGUGGUCUCACUAUUCCAUGCAGAGAAGACGUGUUCUUAGAUAUCACUUCUCGCUUGAGUAGGUGCUAACCCCUUCAGUAGAAGGAGGUGACAUAGAUUAUUAAAUUUUAGUCAAUUUGUACAUCAGACAGUUUUUUUUUUUUUUCAUUUUAGUCUUCCUCCUUUGUAAAUGAAAGGGAAAAGAAAAGCAUUUGAGAGGGAUAGUCAUGGUCAAUGAGAUUAUCAUCUGUUUAGGAAUUUAGACAAAUGCUCAGUGAAUAUAUAUAUAUUUUUUUAUAACAAUAUUUGCCAAGAUAUAAUACACAGUAACAGAUUUGUCUUGCAUA